UUGAAAAUUUCUCUAUUCAUUAUUUAAUUCUGACACAGUUACUGUUUCUCUCCUUCUUCGUCACACGCACCCAUUCAUUGCAUCAUUGUUUCGCUAGAACUCUUCAUUAUUCAAUCGCAACAAUAUCGCAGGUUCAGUGGCUGUGGAUUGUUGUGAAAUUUUGCUUUUUAGGUUGAAGAAUCAAGAAAUUGCUGGCUCAGGAUAUGAUGAAUGGAACUCAGACUCAGCAUUGGGGUGAAAGUUCCAGUUCGACUUCCCUUAGCAGUCAACAGGAUGUUGAGGAUGACAAAAUGAUUGCUCUUGUGCUGUCAGAAGAGUAUGCCAAUUUAGAUGGAGCAGUCGGUCGGCGCCUUUCCAACUUGGCGCCUGUUCCUCAUGUGCCCCGGAUAAAUUCCUUCAUCCCCACAAUAAGUGAUGCCAGUAUGGAUCACCAGCGUCUGCUUCAGAGGUUGAACGUCUAUGGUCUAUGUGAAGUUAAAGUAUCUGGAGAUGGAAACUGUCAGUUCCGCGCACUUUCAGAUCAGCUGUAUAGGUCUCCUGAACACCACAAGCAUGUCCGUAAAGAGAUUGUAAAACAGCUCAAAGAUCACCGUUCCAUAUAUGAAUGCUAUGUACCAAUGAAGUACAAACAAUAUCACAAGAAAAUGGCUAAAUCUGGAGAAUGGGGGGACCACAUUACCUUACAGGCAGCUGCUGAUAAGUUUGCAGCGAAGAUAUGCCUUCUGACAUCAUUCAGAGAUACUUGUUUCAUCGAAAUUAUGCCGCUGUACCAAGCACCAAAGUGUGAACUGUGGUUGAGCUUCUGGUCUGAGGUUCAUUAUAAUUCACUGUAUGAAAUUCGAGAUGCACCAAUCCAGCAUAAACCAAGGCGGAAACACUGGUUGUUCUAGGAGUGGUAGAUAUAAGCAUUAAGGUCAUAAGAUGUAGUGCUGUGUAUACAUACAUUCUGUAUCAUUUCAUAGGUAAGGAAAAAGGUCCACAAAACUCCCUUUCAACUUUGUGGCUUUGGCAAUUAGACCUCUUAACUUUCAAUUCAGAAUUGACUCCUUUCAAAUUUGGAUCACAUCUUAAUAGUUACCUCUUAUCUUUGCUACUUAGCUACUACCUUCACACUAUUUCAACCACUCUAUACCCAUUGGAUCUUUAACUGAUCAGCUCCUUUCAUGUUGAAAAAUGUCUAAAAAUUAGUUAUCCUUUAUGAAUACAUAGUAGCUAUUAUAUAUUAUUCAGUGAGGAUAAACUGUCAAAAAUGAAAAUUGAAAAAUCUAUUUGCCAAAGUAUUAAAGAUGGAGGAGGUUGUGGACAUUUUUUUCCUAUAGAUUAAAACAGAGGAGGAAGGGGGAGAAAUUCCUUGUAGGCCUUUUUCCCAUACUAUUCUUUACAGUUUACUCAUGAUAUUUUUUAUUUUUUUAUUUUUUUAUUUUUAUUAUGCCUUUCUUUUACCGGGGAGAAUAAUUCAGUAUGAUUUGUUUUUUUUUCCUUUGCUUUGUAAAGCAAAUUGUGUAUUGAUUUACAAGAUUUACAAAACUGUUUGA